AUGUUAUCCAACUUAAUAGCUUCAACAUUAUUACUUUGGUCAGUAAAUGCCAUCAACGUUGGUUCAUGUAACAUCGAAAGUGUUAACGAUGGAUUCCAUGUUGAAUAUAUUGACAACGACUAUAAUGAGUGUGGGGUUGGUCCUUCGUACCCAGCGACUUGUAUCAGUUAUCUCCCUGUUAUCGAUGAGAAACCUGCAUCUGUUGAAAUGGAUAAUGUGAAAAACCUUACUUUUAGGUACCGAGGAGGAAGAGUCGGUGGUGUUCCCUCAAUGGAAAAUCUUUAUGGAAAACUUGUGAACGUAAAUAGUUUUGGUUUGAGAAUCAAUGGUUACUUCUAUGCUUCAGAAACAGGUCAAUAUGAAUUUACAUUCAACAAUGUUGAUGAUGCCGUUGCCUUGUAUCUUGGUUCUGCUCAAGAUUAUGACUGUUGUGGUAAAAUAAACGAUAUUGCUGGUAAUGUUCCAGUUUUAACUGCCCAAUUUCCGAGUGGUACCACCAAUUAUACUGUCACAUUACAGAAAGGAUAUUACCCUAUGAAAUUUGUCUAUUUGAAUAUUGGAAAUUGGGCGAUCCUUAAUUUUUCUGUUACUCAACCAGAUGGAUCAGUUGUCACAUCCGACAACUUACCUGCGUAUUCACCAAGUGACCAAUCAACAUGUAUUGUUCAAACUACCACCAUUACAUCAACUUGGACCGAAACAUUUGGAACAACUUACACCAGAACUCCAACUGGGACGGGAAAUGUAACAGCAACUAUUAUUGUCGAAGAACCACCAUUGUCAACAACUACUAUUACUAGUGGUUCAGUAUCAACUACCUACACCACCGUCAUUACUACUGGUUCAGUGCCAACCAGAGAAGUGGUCAUUGCAAUCCCACCAUUAUCAACAACUACCAUCACAAGUGGUUCAGUACCAACUACCUACUUGACUACCAUCACCACUGGUUCAGUACCACUUAUUGAGUAUGUUACUGUGACCCCUACUCCAGAUAUCCCAACUACUACCAUUACAAGUGGUUCAGUACCAACGAGUUACUUGACUACCAUCACCACUGGUUCAGUACCAGUUACUGAGUAUGUGACCAUCACUCCUACUCCAGACAUUCCAACUACCACAAUCACAAGUGGUUCAGUUCCUACCAGUUACUUAACUACCAUCACCACUGGUUCAGUACCGCUUACUGAGUACGUUACUGUAACCCCUACUCCAGACAUCUCAACUACUACCAUUACUAGUGGUUCAGUUUCAACUGGUUACUUAACUACUAUCACUACGGGUUCAACUCCAGUUACUGAAUAUGUUACUAUCACUCCUAUCCCAGGCAUUCCAACUACCACCAUCACUAGUGGUUCAGUUCCAACUGGUUACUUGACUACUAUUACUACUGGUUCAGUACCAGUUACUGAGUACGUCAUCAUCACUCCUAUUUCAGAUAUUCCAACUACUACGAUUCCAGGUAGAUUCCCAACAACUUACUUGACUACCAUCACCACCGGAUCAGUACCUUUCACUGAAUACGUCAUUGUCACUCCAAUUGCUUGGUCUAAUUCUACCUCAAGAGUUCCUCAAAGUCCAGUUACUGACACAACUAUGACUUCAACUAAUGUCCCACCUUCUGGUCCUGUCACUACUAUUGAAACUGCUUCCACUGUUGUCACCCUUCCAUGUGAUAUUUGUGAAGGUGGUUUCUCAACCUCAACCAAAACAACAGUUACUACCAAAACUUUACCAUGUGGUCAAUGUGAAGGUACUAAUACUGAUGGUGGAAACCCUCAAGUUACUCCUCAAUCAACUCCAACCAAAGUCCCUGGUUCUGGUUCUGGUUCUGGUUCUAGUUCACCAGGUUCUGAUAACUCUGGUUCUACUUCACCAAGUGCUUCUGCCCCUGUAAGUACUUAUGAAAUCUUAGAAGGUGGUGCUUCUUCAGAAGCUGUCACACCUUUAUUACUUGUUCUUUCAAGUUUCUUAUGGUUUGUUUAA